AUGAGCGAACCGAAUAAUAUGAACAACGAUUAUGACAGACAUUAUAACAACGUCUGUCAAUCGUCUUUCCAGGACUUUAAUUUUAAUAACGCCGAUCCUCCAAUUUACAUGCCCAUUAAUUCGCAAGCCCAACCUCAUACUCAGGGUUUCCGUCCUUCUGCUGCUUCCUUUCCACCUUCCCGUAAUGUGUCUAUGAAUGCUAUGGACUACGGAAAUACCGGCAAUUAUGCAUAUCAAGAUAAUUCCCCAGUUUCUCAUUUCCAUACUGGUAACGUUGUUAAUGCAACGAAUGGGCAGUUGAAUACACCGAAUCACGAUCAAGCCAAAGCCCACCACGUAAACAGCUCUCGUCCGCUCCAAAUAUCUUUUCAAACAUACUGUGGUUCCCCCAACCUUUAUUCCGACACGACGAACGACGGUCCGACAGAUAAUAAUUCUCAACAUUUCGGUAUUGCCAACAAUACAUAUAUUUCAUACACUCUUAUACAAAUGGCCACAAGCCCCGAAUACGUUGUUAUGAGAGAAGAGCGAACUCAAUCAGUGUUGGGCACGGUAUCUGCUGUUGCCAGCAUUGGCGAAAUGUUAGCUUUAACUCGAAUGUGA